UAACGCAACCAAAGCAACAUAAUUCCCUGUUUGGUGGACCGAAUUGACAAAUUUAAUUAAGCACCGAAACGUGACGCUUCGAGUCUCUCACUCACGUCACAGCUCAGCACAGCAGGCAAAGCGGUGUUCGACAUCCUAAUCCCCUGUGGGACAUUUUCGCGAACAUCUUCUGCGUCCGAGAAUAAUUUGUUUCAGUUUUCGAGUGCCACUGGUUGGAACUGGUUGGUUGGAGGCUGAGGAUGAGUUUCAGGGAAGAGACUGGAGAUGCGAGGGAUCUUCAGAAACCGUUUCUCCACACGGGGAGUUGGUACAAGAUGGGUUCGCGGCAGUCCAGUAUCAUGGGAUCCUCUACUCAGGUCAUCCGUGAAGGCGCUGUCUCCGUCCUCUUCUGCGUCCUUAUCGUUGCCUUGGGUCCUAUCCAAUUCGGCUUCACAUGUGGUUAUUCUUCUCCAACGCAAGGGGCUAUAGUACGCGAUCUAAAGCUCUCGGUUUCGGAGUUCUCUUUGUUUGGAUCUUUGUCGAAUGUGGGAGCGAUGGUGGGGGCUAUAGCAAGUGGUCAGAUAGCUGAAUACAUAGGCCGCAAAGGGUCGUUGAUGAUUGCUGCAAUUCCCAAUAUAAUAGGGUGGCUUGCUAUUUCUUUUGCCAAAGAUUCCUCGUUUUUGUUUAUGGGGAGGUUGUUGGAAGGUUUUGGCGUUGGGAUAAUCUCUUAUGUGGUUCCAGUAUAUAUAGCUGAGAUUUCCCCUGAAAACAUGAGAGGUGGCCUUGGAUCAGUGAACCAGCUCUCUGUUACAAUUGGCAUUCUACUGGCUUAUGUGUUGGGUCUUUUUGUCAACUGGAGGGUGCUUGCUAUUUUAGGAAUUUUGCCUUGUACAGUAUUAAUACCAGGGUUAUUUUUCAUACCGGAAUCCCCCAGAUGGUUGGCCAAGAUGGGGAUGACGGAUGAGUUUGAGACUUCUUUGCAAGUGUUAAGAGGAUUUGACACUGACAUAUCUGUUGAAGUUUAUGAAAUUAAGAGAUCUGUGGCUUCAANAGGAAAAAGAGCUGCAAUNCGAUUUGCANACCUAAAGAGGAAAAGAUAUUGGUUCCCUUUAAUGUACAGUUGGACUUGGAGCCAUUCAGGUCAUAGCAACUGGAAUUGCAACGUGGCUGGUGGACAAAAGUGGUCGGAGGCUGCUUUUAAUGAUAUCUUCAUGUUUAAUGACAAUUAGCCUUGUCAUUGUUUCAGCAGCAUUUUAUUUAGAGGGGGUUGUAUCAGAGGAUUCACAUCUAUUCAGCAUUUUGGGAAUACUUUCUGUUGUUGGACUUGUGGUUAUGGUGAUUGGGUUCUCUCUAGGCCUUGGACCCAUCCCUUGGCUGAUAAUGUCUGAGAUACUUCCUGUAAAUAUAAAGGGACUUGCUGGCAGUAUAGCGACAAUGGGAAACUGGCUGAUUGCGUGGGUGGUCACGAUGACAGCUAACUUACUUUUAAAUUGGAGCAGUGGAGGGACAUUUACAAUCUACGCAGUAGUAGUUGCCAUAACAAUUGCUUUUAUAGCGAAAUUUGUCCCUGAGACCAAGGGAAGAACAUUGGAAGAAAUUCAGUUUUCCUUCAGAUAGAUAUGUUUUGGGAGAGCACGCAGGUAGUCUUUCUUGUUUAAAGGGGUCCAAUAUCAUGUGUUUUUUAGGCCGGCCUUUUGUAUUUAUCAUGUAUCAAAAUUUCUGUAACAAAUCAUUGCAAGUGUUCUUUUACUGUACAAGCUACUGAUAUUAUUUUUUUAAAACAGUAUUGUACCAAAAGAAAGGGAAAAAAACCUUGUAGUCAUAGUGUAUUUCUAUUACGAAUUGUAUUUUUGCCAGGGAACAGGUUCCUACGGUAAGCAUGGGUCAUAAAUUAAAGCAGUGACUUUGUUAUUCACCUCGAUGACUUGAACUACUGCCAAAUAAUAAUAGUAGAGUAUUCUUAUUGCCUA